AUGAAUGAUGCAUACUCAAUCAAUGCAUUCACAGACGACAGUGAUCAAUCAAUGACUUAUGAUGACUGUGACUCUGCGAUCACUACAAACUCAUUCCCAAGAACAUUUCAUUCAUUGACAUUUGGUUCAUACUUCAACUUGAUCAUACCGCCCUGCACACUACCAUCAACUCUCACAUCACUGACCUUUGGUGAUCGCUUUGAUCAAAUACUCGAGCAACAUACUCUACCGGACUCUCUACGUAUCCUUCAGCUGGGAUAUCGUUUCAACCAAGUAAUCACACAUCAUACUCUACCAUCUUCUCUCAAACAUCUCACAUUUGGAAAGAUGUUCAAUCAACGUUUGGAGCCCAACGUACUUCCAGCAUCAAUACUCAUUCUUACAUUUGGCAAGAUGUUCAACCAACCAAUCAAUGAUGGUGUCCUCCCUCUUUCUCUAAAGAGUCUCAGACUUGGCUCUGAGUUUGACCAAGUAUUGGACAGGACAACACUACCAAACACACUCACCAAUCUAUCGAUAGGUACAAAGAUUGCCCAUGGUUUAUUACCUGAUACUAUUAAGGAUCUCUCAUUCGUUGGAUUCAUUGAUGAGAAAGAAGAUAUCACACCUCGAUCAUUACCUUUGUCAUUGACGGCACUUGAGUUAAAGAAUGAAUCCACGUUUGAUCGACCAUUCUUGUGUGGUGCACUUCCAAGACAACUCAAGAAACUAAUCAUCAAUGACUCAUUCAAUCAUCCAAUCACACCUGGUUCUCUACCCGACUCAUUGGUCUAUUUGGAAUUCAAUUAUAACUCUGGAUUUAUACAUCAGUUUCCAGAUGGUGCACUACCACAAGGUCUGACUACUCUCAAACUAGGCUAUCAUUACAACUUGCCAAACCAUCAUGGCACACUCCCUGAAUCACUUCAAGUAUUGUCAUUCGGAUCUCUCUUUAAUCAAGUCCUCGAGCCUGGAUCAUUGCCAUCGUCACUCACAUCCCUCUCGCUGGGCCUAUCUUAUGACCAACACAUAGUGGCGGGAGUACUACCCGAGUCACUUACAAGUCUGGUCACUGGACACAGUCUGGGAAGUGACAAUCGAGAUAUAGUAUUUCCAAGUAAUAUCAAGAAGUUGAUUCUUGGAUCGAACCCAAAUAUAUGGCUACUUGAUGCACUUUUAUACAAGCCUGAGAUGGUUCAUAUCUGUUUCAUGGACAAGAUUGUGCUCCAAGAUAAUUGCAAAGUCAUGAAGUCUUGCAUGGUACCAAUGAUGAAUUUGUACGUUCAAGUCUUUAUUGGAGAAGAUGACAUUAAUCAAUUGGUCCAAUGUUAUCGUGUGCUGGCCAUGGUAUUCCCAAAUGUACAGACCUAUAUCCUGGAGAUAGGCAUGAACAACGUUGAAGGUAUCUUCAGAAGUAUUGACAAGACCAACACAGUGUUCAAGACAAGCAUUGGCAAUAAGAUAUACUUUAUUGACAAUAACUAC